CACACAUCUCAUUCUUUUCUCUCACAACAAAAAUGUCGUUCACCAGAUUCAAUGCUAUUGCCACAACUGCCGGUAUGGCUUCUCGUCGUGCCAUGAUGCCUUCCAUGGUCGCCAGAGCCAACAAUGUCCCCGCUGCUAUGCUCCACAGAUCUGUCGUCCAGAACCGUGACGUCGUUGAUAAAGCAAAAGAUCUCGGUCAUGAAGCAAACAUGAAGGCUGGUAAGGGAGCCGACAAAGUAUUGGAAACCGCCGAAGAUGCUGCUUCCAAGGCAAGCGAAUUGAAGGACCAAGCUGCCCAGAAAGCCUACCAAGCCAAGGAUAAAGUCGCAGAAACAGACGCUCUUAAUGCAGCCAAGUCUGUUGGCCAACAAGCCAACUUGAAGACCGGUGAAGGUAUUGCCAAGGGUAUUGACAAGGUUGAAGACCUUUUGAGCAAGAAGCCUGCCGAAACCAUUAAGGAAGUUAGCCACGAAGUCAACAUCAAGACUGGCCAAGGUUUGGCGGCUGGUAUCGACAAGGUCGAGAAGGUUGUAGAAAAGACAAAGGAAGCCGUUGGCCUUGGUUCAAAGACUGCUCAAAGAGCUGCCGGUGACGCCAAGAGUGCUGCUGAGACUGCAAAGGAUACUGCUGAGGGUGCUGCCGAGAGUGUCAAGCAGGCAGCUGGUGAGAAGUUCCAAGAGGUCAAGGGUGCCGCCAAGGGAACCGCCGAACACGCAAAGGGUGCUGCCAAGGGCACUGCUGAACAUGCCAAGGGCUAUGCUCAAGGUACCGCUGAACAGGCCAAGGGUGCCGCCAAGAGUACAGUUGACCAAGCUGGCGAGAAGAUUAAUGAAGCCGAACAUGGUGCCAAGCGUGCCGCUGAAAACCUCAAGAACAAAUUGUAAAUGUAUACUUGUAUAUUUCACCACAUACAUAUCAUUCUUUUCUCAAUGUAAUAAUAUUUUGAAUUUACCUCUUUUACCACUCAAUUUGCGUGUUGUGAUGUAAAAACUUGUUGCGAUCAAUUGGAUAUGGCAGGCAGGGUGGUUUUUUUUUGUGUGUUCUUUAAUUUAAAAAUAUCAACUCUGGGAAAGGAGCAGCGGUCCAAU